AUGGUGCCUACAAAAAUGUUUUUGUAUUCAGAGAAAAAGCUAAAAGAAAAUUGUCAUAUCUAUGCAAGAAGCAAUAAAACAGAUGAUUAUGAAACUCUUACAGCAUCUGGAAUAAAUCAGAUCAAGCAAGGACAGAAUAGUCUUUGCAACGGUAAAGUUCCUUCGCAUUGGACUACUCUGAAGAUGAUCAUGGCCGAGAGGGCAGCCCAGUGUUUGGCUAAACUUGGCCUGGAAACUGCUUCUGCUGCUAGUAACACCAUUACUACCACGAAUACCAAUACUAGCAUUACUACCGCUACUAUCAGUACUCCCAGCAUCCAAAAUCCAGAAACUAGUCAACAACCUCAGAAUCCUACUUCUAUUAUGGACUCCAUCACCACAAUUUCUACCACAUCAAAUGGAAUAGUAACUGCAUUUGGACAUCAUCGAAGGACUCGUAGCUUACGUGAACGCACUGGUGUUGAUCAGCGCUUGGAACGAUUACCUAGUGGACCAGUAAUGGUACAAAAAUUUGCACCACACACAGUUAUUGCAGGGAGUAAUAUUGAAAAAUGUAGACCAGUACUUGUUCGUAAUUUUGCUGAGCACGUGCAGUUGAUGUCAGCUGAUUCAGAUUUCCGUUUUUCGGAAGAGUAUGAAGACCUAAAGUUGGUUGGACAUGGACAAACAUGCAUAGCAGCGGAUUUGACAGUGAAUCGAGCAAAAAACCGUUUCACUAAUAUAUUACCCUAUGACCAUUCUCGAGUGAAGCUGAUUCCUAUGGAUGAUGAUGAUGGGUCAGAUUAUGUAAAUGCAUCUUACAUAUCUGGAUUUAAUUCACGUCGAGAAUUUAUCGCAGCUCAAGGACCGCUUCCAUCCACGCGUGAUCAUUUUUGGCGUGUUGUAUGGGAACAGCAGUGUCCGGCAAUAGUUGCUUUAACAAAAUGUGUCGAAAAAGGACGCGACAAAUGUCAUCAGUACUGGCCUGAUAAUGAUCAGCGAAGUGUUCUUUAUGCUGACAUUGAGGUAACAUUAAUGAAUGAAGUGGUUUAUGAAGAGUUCACAAUUCGCGAGUUAAAGUUGACGAAUAUGAAUGAACCAUCGACAUCACCGCGGACACUACGACAUAUGCAUUACAUGGCAUGGCCUGACUUUGGUGUACCUGAAUGUGCCGCUGGUUUAGUUCACUUCGUUCGAUUGUUCAGGGCUCGAUUACCACCUUCUCCAAAUAAUAAACCAACUAUUGUGCAUUGCAGUGCUGGAGUUGGUCGUAGUGGCACGUUCAUUGCGUUAGAUCGUCUUAUGCAGUGCGUUGCUAAAAAUUUGCCACUGGAUGUUUUUGGUAUUGUGUAUGAGAUGAGACUUGAUCGUUGUCAUAUGGUACAGAAUGAGCAGCAGUAUAUAUUCAUUCAUCAUUGCCUUCUCUAUGUCCUGGAAACAGAGAAUGUAACUUCAUUAAAUUUGAUAUCUAAUACUUUACCACAUGUUGGUGGCACUGAAGUAAGUGUAACUUCAUCAUUCCUUGCUGAUAACGGUGUUAUCGGCUUUCCAAAUAGCAUUAUCAGUGGUGAUAUCAGUGCUGUAAAUGAUAUCAAAAUUGUGGGCAGUAAUGGAGGUACAACUUUUGUUGGAUCUGUUCCACCACAACAUCAUUCCAAUGUUUUUUGGCCUCGCAUUGAGGUUCAUCAAAAUCCCGCAUUCGACGAUGAUGAAGGCAUUGCAGAAUCUGGCCUGUGA